UCCCUCUCUUCCAUGUCUGCUUUGUCCUCUAUCAUCUCUUUCUGCUAAACAAGAUGAAUCCCCUCAUGAACUCGAAUGGGUAUAACCAAUUCGUUGCAAAUAAACCAUUAGAUAAGACAUCGUCGCAACCAUAUUCAUACCCUCAUUUAUUACCUUAUGGAUAUGGUAUGCCUCCGCCGCCACCACCACAACAACAACAUCCUCCACCAUAUGGAUCUCCUGAUGGGUCUUCUGUAUAUAUUCAAAGAGCCCCUAUUGGAAUAACCAAACCUAUGCAAGAGACAACAUGGUCAACAAACAUUUUUGCAUGUGGUAGAGACCCCAAAAAUUGUUUUACAACAUGUGUUUGUCCAUGCAUAACAUCCGGGCAAAUUGCAGAAAUAGUGAGUGAAGGACGUACGUCAUGCAUGGAAGGAGUGAUAAUAAACUUGUUGUUCGGUUGCUUGUGUUGUAGUACACCACUUUAUACUUUUAAUAACAGGGUUAAAUUGAGAAGAAAAUUUAAGUUGGAAGGGAAUGAUUGUCUUGAUUGUCUUAUUCAUAUAUUUUGUUGUUCUUGUGCCUUGUGUCAAGAAUAUCGUGAGCUUCAUCGUCAAGGAUUUGACCCUGCACUUGGAUGGGCAGAAAAUAUUGAGCGACAAAGCCAUGCUGUUGCUGUUUUCACUAUCACCCCACCUCCAGUUCAAGAAGCCAUGAAAAGAUAA